AACGCUGGUUUUGGACUCAGGAUGGGAUCUCUUGUUAAGAGGACACCGCGGCAGGCCGAUGCCUCAUAGACGAGCAGUCUGCAAAGGAAUCGCGCUGUUCUCGUGGCCUGUACUUCCGUCAUUUUAUAUCUCACUGGACAAACACAGUGCGGGGUUUCUGCUCGGUGCUGUGUAGUACAGCCUGUAAUGAAUGAACCCAACUCGGGAUUGAACUCGAGUGAAUCGAUCUGUGUUUUCCUGGAGCGGGGAAACUAGUUCUACAACGAAGAGCCUGCCUGGAUAUCACCCUGAAAUAAGCAGACGUCAGACCUCGCCCGCCUGCUGCUGUUACAUUUUUAUCGCAAUCUAAUCACAGUAUUGUUCGCGGGUUAACACUGCUGCACGAACUAUGUAGUAGAGUUAAUGGCGAUCUGCUGGUAGCUGUUAGAAUCGGCUUUUUGGUUUUAAACACCGUGCCUUGGCGGAAAGGAGAGGAUUUCGUUUUAUUUAAGGUCUACUGACGAUGAAUGAGCAGGAGAGUGGGGUGGUCUCGUUUGAUGAGUAUGUGCGGCAGAAGGCACGCACUGUGCCUCAGCACAGGAUGAAGGAGUUCCUGGAGUCUCUCGCCAAGGGCCCAGAGGUGCUGCAGGAAUUCAGCCAGCAGGGAGGGGCGGCCGCCGCCACCACCACCACAGCCACCACCACAGCCAUGGUGUACCAGCAGCAGGGUGCCAACUGUAUCUACACAGACAGCACAGAGGUGGCAGGCUCCCUGCUAGAGCUGGCUUGUCCGGUACAGGUCACGUCAGCAGAGAUUGCAUCUCAUUUGGCUGCGCAUCAAGAGUCUGAUCAGCAGCUUCAAGUUCAGGUGCAGAUUCAGGAACAGCAGGGUCAAGCAGUCGGCCAAGUCCUUCAGGUGGCCUCCCCAUCCCAGCAGGACCUGCAGGGAAUCCCAACCCAUUUUGUCCAGCAGGGAGAGCUCACAGAGGAGCAGCAGCAGCAGCUUCAGGCGCAGCUGGUUGCCGCUGUAACUGGAGGACAACAAAUCCAGCUGUCAAGUGGCCAACAAAUCCAGCAUAUUCAGUUGCCAGGGGGCCAGCAAAUUCAAAUUCAGGCUGGCCAACAAAUUCAAUUACAGGACGGCCAGCACAUCACACUACAGGACGGCCAGCAGAUUCAUUUACAAGGAGGCCAGCAAAUUCAACUACAGGAUGGCCAACACAUUCAGCUACAAGGGGGGCAACAGAUCCAGAUCCAGACCAUUGAGGCCAUGUCCCCUUCACAGCAGCAUGAGUCUUCUCGCGAGAUGGACAGGAGGACUGCUGUCUCAGCUGUUCUUCAACCUGCCAAGAAGCGCAAGGUGGAUGUCCCUGUAGCUUUGUCGUAUGCCGUACCACAGGGCCAGCAGGUAGCUACAGUUCUAGCCAUCCCUCAGGGUCAGCAGCAGAGCUAUGUGUCCCUACGACCAGAUUUGCUCACUGUCGACAGCGCUCAGCUGUACAGCACUACAGGAACAAUCACAGGUCCCACAGGUGAGACCUGGACCAUCCCUGUGUACUCUACUCCCCAGCAGCAAGGUGUGACUCAUAUUACCAUACCACAGGAGACGUAUAACACUGUACAACUUGCCACCACCAACGGUAAGGACAAACUGUCCGGCAGUUCUUCAUCAAGGUCAGCAGAGUUGCAUUCGGCCACCGCUGGAACACAGGAAGAAAUAGUGCAGACCUUAUUCCCAGCGCAGUUCAUGAAUGGGAACCUUCACAUCCCUGUGGCAGUGCAGACUGUAGGAGGGACUUACAACACGACACAGUCUGUACACAUAUGGGAUCCAAAUCAACAGCAGGGCCAAGUAGAAGAUGGACAAGAGCAGCAGCUCCAUCUGCAGGGUCACAUAGAAACAGAGGCUAAUGCUGAGCCGCCCACAGAGAUUCUGGUUCCUGUCUGUCUGAAGCCAGAGGAAGGCCUGGAGGUGUGGCGCCUUUGGGCAAAGCGAAAAAAUGUGGAGCUGAGCAAGCAGGAAAAGACAAAGCUUGCACCCAUAGGGCGCCGUCAGCCUCUGCGUUUUCAGGAAGACUUGGUGUCGAGCGCUGUAGCUGAGCUAAACUUGGCACUUUCCCUGAUGACCCAAGAGGCACGAGGAUCAGCUGAAGAAGAGUUUGCAUCCGAUGUUCUGUAUUAUAUUUUCUUGUGUAUACAAAAGUAUCUCUUUGAAAAUGGCCGUGUGGAUGAUAUUUUCUCGGAUCCAUACUACACACGUUUUGGUGGGUGUUUACACAAAAUCCUGGAUGGUUGGAAGCCAAGUGUCCAUCCUUUAGGUUACGUCAUUCCAAGUCAUGUGACUGAAGAGAUGCUUUGGGAGUGUAAACAGCUAGGUGCACAUUCACCUGCCACAUUGCUAACAACUCUAAUGUACUUCAACACUAAGCAUUUCCACCUGAUAACACCUGAACAGCACAUGAAGGUAGCUUUCUCAAAGGUCCUAAGACACACAAGAAAGAACCCUGCUAAUACCAAGGACAAAGCCACCAGUAUCCGCCUUCUCAAAGUACAGGGUGCACAUGGCCCAGGGCAGAAAGGACCUGAUGAAAUGUUUGAAGAGCAGGCUGAAGAUCCUGAGAAUCCUCUCCGCUGCCCCAUUAAACUCUAUGACUUUUAUCUCUUCAAAUGCCCUCAAAGUGUAAAGGGACGCAAUGACGCAUACUACAUGACUCCAGAGCCUGUGGUCGCGCCUAACAGCCCGAUGUGGUACUCAUCUCAGCCUCUCAGUAGUCAGCAAGUGGAGCAAAUGCUGGCCCGCAUCAUAGUGGUCCGAGAAAUCCAGGAGAUCAUCAGCGCAAGUCAAUGAGCUUACUUGACUCAUGGGAACUAGUUCUUUGGUUGCUUACUGCUGGCCACGCAGUAUCCACCCUGUCUCUAUCAACCUCAAUGGACAUCUUUCAAAUGGAACAAUUCCUGAAACAAUCAUCCUUAUGUUUUAUGUUGGCAAAGAUUUUUUUCUCACACAUUUUCUGUUUCCGGUUGAUGGGAUGGACUGAUCUUUCUCUAACUGCUUUUAAGCCAUUGCCUCUGUAACCUUUGAACUGGCAUGUAAGGAGAACUUUACCUCUGCUGGACUGUGAUUUUUUUUUUCCUGUGAAAGUUAGUCUUAUCAAUAUGAUAUGAGGAUAUACAACCCUCACUACUUAACCUCACAGACCAUUAACCACCUUACUUCUCUUCUAAGUCCCUCUAUGAUACACGAAAGCCUCCUGGACAGUUACACGGGACCUCUGCUUAAAACUGUUUUUGUAUACCAACUGCAUUUUGGAUCAUGUAUUGCUAUGUUCAAAGCUAAAGAAUUUGUGCCUGUUUUCAAAAAUGACGUCAUAAUUUAUGCUUGUGGAUCUUUGCGUGAGUUUGAACCUCCAGAUUUUCACAAGGUCAAGUGCUAUAUUGUAGUGAUUCAGGAGAUCAGAAACAUUUCUCUCAGGUCUAAGCUCGUGAUUGAAACCCCACUGAGGACUUUUUGCCAAUCUAUUCCUGUAUGUGUAUAUUGUCCGUUAUUAAACAGGACAUGCAGAUGAAAA